AUGGCGACAUCCACAGUUGAUGGGGGAGGGCCCGUUGGCAUUAAGAAGGUACUACUUGAAGCUCUCGAUGCUAUCAAGUCAUCAGGGACUUUUGCUUCGCAAGGCAAACUCCCACAUGUUGAUCCACAGAUCAAGGUGCAAGAUGUUGGUGCGAUUUCUCUGCCAUUGCAGGAAUCACAGGUGCGCCAAAUGAUGAAGCAAGCCCAUCAGGCACCAUAUGGCAAGGGCAGUGAGACCCUCGUCGACACCGCAGUACGAAACACCAUGGAGCUCAAUCCCGAUCAGUUUGAAUUGGGAAAUCCGGACUGGGAUAGUUACGUCAAGCAAGCCUGCGCAUGUGUCGCUCAGGAUUUGGGUGUCGAUUCGCCUGUUUCAGCGGAGCUUUACAAGAUGUUGAUCUACGAGAAGGGUGCAAUGUUCAAACCCCAUACUGAAGCUGACUUUGCCCUCAACAGCACCGAGAAAGCCCCUGGCAUGUUUGCGACUCUCGUGAUCGGCUUGCCGUCACCCUUUGAAGGAGGCGAGGUAGCUGUCAAGCACCAAGGCAAAAGGUUGAUCCUGACGACGCUGCAACACGGGUUCUCGUAUGUCAGUUGGUACUCAGAUGUUGUCCACGAGGUUCUCCCUGUCAAAUCUGGAUAUCGAUGGGUCCUCACGUACAACCUUUGCAUCGAUCCUUCGCGGCCAUGCCCAACAGCUUGUCUUCAUACGGACGAGGCGCGUCACCUUCACAGAAUCCUCAAGGCGUGGCUUAACCAGAACACCCGGGAGGAGCGAGAAUUGAGCCACGCCUACUACAGGCUUGAUCACGAGUACACACAAGCCAGCAUCUCACUCAAUGCUCUUAAGGGCCGAGACCUGGCCUCUGUACAUCUUCUCAAGGAGAUUUCAAACGACCUCAACUUGGAGAUCUUUCUGGCCGUGAUAGCAAAGGGACAAAUGGGACCAUGUAGGUAUGACGACCGCUACAGCAGAAACUCCUACAGGCCUUACAACUCUUACUAUGACAACAUCUACUCCGACAACUACGAUGUAGGCCACCAUGGCAGAUCUGGGGCUAUCCAUGAUCUGGAGGAGAUUAUUAACACCUCAUACGAGACCGACACGCUGGUUGGCCUUGAUGGUUGUGAAGUAAUGAAAAGUAUGGCACUGAAGAAGGACAACGUUCUUCAAAAGGAGUGUUUCGACGUUGAUCCAGAGGAAGACUACAUGGGCUUUCAGGGAAACUUUGGCCCAGAAGCAACCCACUGGUAUCGCGUGGCGGCCGUGGUCAUAGUGCCCAGAGAUUCGAUUGCACAUUUUCUCAAGCUUUCUCCGGAGAGAACUGGGCUUUACACAUACAGCGAAUGCCAAGGAAACAAGACAUCUAUCAUUGGCUACCUUGCAAAGUCUCUUCUACACACACCUGACGACCAAUUUUUGAUCAAGACUUUGAGGGACCUCUGUCAGGAAGUCUGGACCGUGAGUGAGAGCAGAGUUGUUCUUCCCCAGGCCAUCAUUACCAAGGUCGUUCAAGCCGCUAUCAUCUUGAAGGAUCAAGAGUUCGUCAAAGAUGCCGCGGAUCGCCACGAGGGAAAUUUGUCUCUUGAUUUCUUCACAUGGGCUCAAGAGCAAAUUGCCGCUGGUCUCAUCACUUUUGAUACCAUCAAGGACAGUGUGCUGCGUGCCAUCCUGACGUUCCCUGUGCUUUGGAAACGACAGGUUGCGGUCAACAAUUUUGUCCCUCCCAAUGAAUCCAUGUCCGACGACGUCCGGUCGUUGGUCCAGAGAGUGCAUAACAAAAUAUUGGAAAUGAUCCCGCAGCAGGACCUGGGUCGCCAGGAUGGACACGCCGUGGUCGACAUGAUUCCAGGAUAUCAUGACUUCUCCUACCUUUCGAGUCGGUAUGUUGUUCAGCGUCACAUUUCCUUCAUCACGGUGCUUACUUCUUCUAGUGUCGCUCCUUUGGUUGAAACUAGGCUCCCAGAUACCUCUUUCAUUUUUGCUUUCUUGUCCCGACUAGAUCAACGCACGACCGAGGGCGCCUUCCCCACCGAGGAUGGUACAGACUUGUAUAAACAAGUUGCCAAACUCUUCGUUGAUAAAAUUGACGUCCGCACUCUUACUAGCGAUAGCGAUGAACUAUCUGCAAAGGCAGCGCGCCUUGCGUACUCGCCCGAGGAGCCUCAACCUGCAUCGCUCCCCAAAUCCUCCGUGGUGACCCACGAAAUUCUGGCAAAGUUCUUCUCAACUCUCAUCCGCAUUACCUCUGAUAGCGAUUCAAUCGUUGGUGUUCUCUCCCGCAGGAUCUGUUCCCAUGCUCCUGCUAUCGAGGCGUCCGCAUUCCAUUCGCUCUGGCUCCCAUUCCUACACGCUUUGGUCAGAGUCUGCGAAGCAAAUUCGAUACCGACAUCUACGCCAGAUUACCAACAGAUCUUCGCUGCCAUCCUGAAAGCCUACAUCAACAACUACGUCGGUGAAAGGCCUUCCCACGACGGUAACUAUGUUCGACCCACCGUGGGACAUUGUUGCGCCGAUUGCAUCUCGCUCAACAGAUUCCUGAGUGACCCGACCCGGACAGUUGGCAGGUUCUCCGUCAACCAGAAACGCAGACAACAUUUGCAUCGCAGACUCGACGCUGCUGGGAUAGACUGUACGCAUGAAACCGAGCGAAGCGGAUCGCCGCAAACAUUUGUCGUGACCAAGUCUUUCCGUCGUCAUGAACGGGAUUUUGCAGCAUGGAGAAAAAGAAAGGCGGAAGCGGGAGUCAAGCUCCUUGACUUCAACAAGACAGAUUUGAUUGCUUGGUUCGGAGAGGAAUACGAGGGACUUAUGGGUAUGGUUGGUCGGAGACCCUCUUCUGGUCGACGUCCACCAAGAACGUUGCUGCUACCAUCCCAGAGUCCCGCGCCGGUUUUGCCGAACCAACAAACACGGCCGAGGAAGAGAAAGGCGGCAGAUAAUUGA